CUCCUCCUUUCGAGAAGCAAUUGAAGUAAAAAGGAAACAAAGGAACAAAGCUAGGCGCUAGCCAAGUAGCCAUCGCUUGCUUGUUGGUCGCGAGUGGCACCAGCCACCAAUGCAUGCCCCGAGGAGGUUCAGGAAGGCCUUCACGGCGCAGCUCCUGCGGAGCCUGCGGGCGGCCGGCCAGGCGUCCAAGUCCCUGGGCCUCCGGGAGCGCCGGGACGCCGUGCGGCUCUCCUCCGACGUAGCGCUGGCUCUGGCGGCGUCCGCACGGGCCCCACGCUCGCCGCCGGCGUGGGCGCGCGCGCUCGUCGCGAGGCACGCGGCGGAGCGGCGCAACGAGGCGCUCCUGCGCCGCGUCUUGGACGGCGCCGGCUACGAGCUGGCGGCGGCGAGGGCCAGGAAGGAUGCGCGGAGCAGGAGGGUCGUGAGGAGGUCGCGCCGGGUAUGCAGCCGCGGCGGCGGCGCCGGGAGGAAGAGGAGGAGCCUGCUGCUGGCGGCGGGCGGCGGCGGCAGGUGCGCCGCAAUGGCGGCGGCCAGGAGGAUGGUGAGGGCGAGGCUGCGGGUGCUGAGGAGCCUCGUGCCGGGAGCGGAGGCCAUGCGUGGCCUCUCCCUGCUCUCCGAGACGCUGGACUACGUCGCGUGCCUCAAGACGCAGGUGGAGCUCAUGCAAUGCCUGUGCAAAGGACCCUGUUCCCUGCUGCGCUGAGGUCUUCAUCUCAUCUCACAUCUCAGGGGGAUGGAGCAGCUAGCAACUGGGCAGACUGCAGGUGCAGAGCCGCACGAGAGGUGUGAGAGGAUUCAAGGAAAAUCCUUGGCCACCAGGCUCAUUUCAUCGAUGCACAUAAGGCUAGGACCGCAAGCAGCUGAAUCUAUCUGGAUGGGCCAUGGCCAUGGAGAGCUCCGAUGAAUUGUAUACUAUAGCUAAUAGUUAGCUAGCGGUACUAGCAGUACCAGUGUAAUGUAACUAUUAUAUAUUGUGCAGGUACAUGUCAGUGCGAACAUGGACCUGGUUUUGCUGUAUUCUCCUCACAGCAUAGGAUGAACACAGGCCAUCAUCCAUUUGGUGAAACAAGUUUUGUUGUUAAAUAACUAGCAAAUUUUGGUUUAUUGGGUGGGGGAAAACUAUAAUGUGCUUGUAAUGUGGAGUAUCCAGUCUUGAUGAGAAGGGCCGGGACCUUAUCUUUCA